UUAUGCGAAGCAUGGAGAGCUUCCAGUCGAUCGCGUCGCUCCCGCCGCUUGCCCGCGUUGAUCCUUCCGCUGGAUUCAGCCGCCGCAAGGAAUGGCGCCUCCCAGCGCUCACGUACAAAGACGCCGGGGUCGACAUUGACGCUGGAUCGGAGCUCGUCCGGAGGAUCGCGGCCAAGGCGCCGGGGAUUGGAGGAUUUGGGGGAUUAUACUCUGUUGGUGAGGAUUCUUAUGAGGUUGUCGGGACGGAUGGAGUUGGGACAAAGCUCAAGCUUGCGUUUGAGAUGAAUGCUCACGACACGAUUGGCAUCGACUUGGUUGCCAUGAAUGUGAACGAUAUUGUCACCACUGGAGCAAGGCCGAUGUAUUUCCUGGACCAGUUCUCCACUGGUCAUUUAGACACGGAGAUCGCAGAAAAGGCGAUCAGAGGUAUUCUCGAAGGCUGCAAUCAAGGUGGCUGCAAGCUUUCUGGAGGAAAGGUGGUGGAAAAUGCGGGCUUGUAUCCAGAUGGAGUGCUGUACGAGAUGAGUGGCUGUGCCGUCGGCAGCUUGAACAAGAACGCAUUGAUCGACGGCAGUAAAAUUGUGUCAGGAGAUGUUCUCGUCGGUUUGCCGUCGACGGGGCUUCACUCCAAUGGCUACUCUCUGGCUCGCAGAAUACUAAGCAUGUCAAAUUUGUCUCUGAAAGACCAGCUUCCGGGAGCAGAUGUAACCAUUGGAGAGGCUUUGAUUGUUCCAACAAAAAUUUAUGUCAAGCAGGUUCUGGACAUAAUUUCUAAAGUUGAAGUGAAGGGCAUGGCUCAUAUUACCGGAGGGGGACUGACUGACAACUUACCAAGGAUUUUUCCUGCUGGUCUUGGCGCAAAGAUCAGAAUGGGUUCCUGGCAUGUUCCCCAAAUAUUUAACUGGCUCAAGGACGCUGGCAAUGUGGAAGAAGAAGAAAUGCUUCGCACGUUCAACAUGGGAAUAGGAAUGGUUCUCGUGGUGGAGCCUCGUGUUGCGGAUAAAAUUCUUGAAGAAUACGCACCGUCUUAUCUUAUUGGAACGGUUAUCCAAGGAAAAGGCGUGGUGUAUGACCGUUUGAGCACUGCCUCGUCUGAUCCAUGCAAAGGCCCUGGAGUCACUAAUGAGGGUGUCGCAACUCUCGACGCUGAUUCGCAACAGGAGCUUCUGCAAAGACUUGCAGGACAGCCUCCGCGUCUCUUCCCGAUUGGCGAUGAAUUCUCAGUUAGCAGAGCCGAACGAGUCGAUGAGAAAUUGCAGUUGGCUCUCGAGAUGCAAGUUCACAACACUAUUGGCAUCGAUCUGGUUGCGGUAAACGUUAAUAGUAUUGUGACUACUGGGGCAACUCCCUUGAGUUUUGUGGACUAUUUCUCCACCAGCCAUUUAGACGUGGACGUAGCAGAACAGGUUAUCGAGGGAGUUGUUCAAGGCUGUAUUCAGGCGGAGUGCGGCUUGCGAGGAGGGGAAACGGCAGAAAUGCAAGGCUUUCACGCCGAGGGAGAGUACAUGCUCAAUGCCUACGCAUCCGGUAGAGUAAAGCAGAGUGCUCUAAUCGACGGCAGCACCAUCGCAGCCGGAGAUAUCCUGCUCGGGCUGCUCUCCAGUGGCAUUCACUCGCAUGGAUUUUCUAUGGUUGACAGCAUCUUGAAGAAUGCGAAUGCAUCUUUGAAGGGCAAGCUCCCGGGCUCUGAAGUCACGAUCGGAGAAAGCUUGCUCAUGCCAACCAAGAUUUAUGUGAAGCAGGUGCUGGAAAUGAUCUCUUGCAGCGGAGUGAAGGGAAUUUCCGACGUUACGGAAGGCGGACUCACUGGCAGCAUACAAAAAAUUCUACCAUCGGGAUUGGGGGCGACUGUCAGAACGAGUUCAUGGGAAGUUCCUCGCAUAUUCAAGUGGCUGCAAGAGGCGGGAAGCAUGGAACCGGAGAAAGCUUUCGGAACCUUUAACAUGGGAGUAGGCAUGGUUUUGGUGCUGGAUCCCUGCGCCGUAAAGAAAAUCCUUUCCACAAACAAGGAGUGCGUUGUCAUGGGCGAAAUCGUGCAGGGCGCCCGAGUGGUGUACGAAUAAUAAUAGGGACCUGUGCUGUGAUCUUGUCUCUCACCUCUGCAUAGAUCUCUCCGCAAUCCAACUCGUUAAACCAGAGGCAAGGAAAGAGAUUCGUGAUCGGCGUGUGCUUCCUGAUGAUCACAGAGUUUUCAGGAACGUCACUCACCAGGAGGAGCGGUUGUACGGGACGCGACUAUUGCGGUGGCUCUCCUCUAAUGAUCGCGUCAAGUUCAUGGCCAUCUUGUCAAUUUCUUCAAAAUCUGGAUGAGAUCAACCAUUAGUUGCACCUUCCCGUCGAUCCAGAUCGAGAACUUUGGAACGAGCCUGUCACGAUUGUCCUGGAGCAUACAUGGAGAUCCUCCACACUCCCAUGUCCCCGUCUUCCUCCAUGUAUCGCUUUCAAGGUUGGCUUAUUGCGAAGCAAACGAUCUUGUCGUACAAUGAUUCCUUUGAGAUUCCGUGUGCACGCAAGAAAUAAAAACUGGUCUCUACCUAAAA